CACUCAACGUAUGCUCGACUAGAUUCGUUGGAAUCGCUCCUCAACGAACUUCCCUAUAUGUUUUAUCUGGGCCUGUUUUUUGUGAACGUUUUGAUCCUAUACUAUGCCUUUCUAAUGGAAUACAUCGUCCUUAAUGUGGGUAUAGUGUUUCUACCGGAAGAUAUGGACCAGGCGCUGGUGGACCUAGGGGUACUAUCUGACCCGGCCUCUGUCCCUUACGACACGGACACAGAACUCGAUGUGUUCGAGAGGUACCUGGAGUGAGCUGGGCUCCCAAGGCUAGAGAGGCAGAGAGAAGCGCUGCUGCAUCGGCCUGCUCCCCGCGGUGAACUGGACUCCUACCGGCCCGUGAUGAUGAUGAUGAUGAUGAUGAUGUUGGGAGAGACUGAUACUGGGAACUCCAGGAGGAGAUUUACGUUGGCUUGGAGCAACAUUGGCUGCGGGAUGAAAAAGUUGUCAAGACUCAAGACAUCUGGAGAGAGUCAGAACCAACAGACAGACGGGACAAUUCACAGCAGAGUUACAGCUGCCUGUCAAAACUGUCUAACUGUGGCCAAUCAACAAGCAGAACUGUCUAACUGUGGCCAAUCAACAAGCAGAACUGUCUAACUGACCAAUCAACAAGCAGAACUGUCUAACUGACCAAUCAACAAGCAGAACUGUCUAACUGUGGCCAAUCAACAAGCAGACCUGUCUAACUGGCUAAUCAACAAGCAGGACUGUCUAACUGGCUAAUCAACAAGCAGGACUGUCUAACUGGCCAAUCAACAAGCAGGACUGUCUAACUGGCUAAUCAACAAGCAGGACUGUCUAACUGGUGA